GAGAAAGAGCGUGAGAAAAUGAGAGAGAGAGAGAGAGAGAGAGAGAGAGAGAGAGAGAGAGAAGACUUGAGAUGCCUGUUUAAAACUGAUAAACGUUGAAACUGAAGGGUUUUUUCUAUAUUUACGCUGCGUUCAAAUGGCAAGCCCUAACAUCCAAGAUGUACCAAGACCGAAGGAUAUCGACAAAAUAGAGUUUGAAAUCAUCAAGGAAUCUGCGGCUGAAUACAGUGAAGAAUAUGAUGGAAACGCGUUGACCGUCAACGGGAAUGGAAGCAACCAGCAAGAAGGCGGUGUUGACGUAUCGAAACCCAGUAAAGAUAUCGAAAUAGAAUAUGAAAUUGCUAGUAAUGAACUGAUUUACAAAGUUUGUGACGUUCCACCAUUACGUGUUAGCCUGCUCGUGGCUCUACAGCAAUCUCUCUUAUCGAUAUCCAGCAGCUUUACCGUCGGGUUCCUCUUGGCAGAUCUUGUGUGCGCUGGCCAAAACGAUAUGCUCAAAGCCAAGUUAAUAUGCAGUAUUAUGUUCGUGUCGGGUUUAACAACUUUUCUUCAGAACAACAUUGGUAUAAGGCUCCCAUUAUACCAGGGCCCAACUAUUGAAUAUAUACUUCCGUUGCUGGCACUGAAGGAUUCUAUGGAAUGGAAUUGUGAAAGAAUUAUUGAAGCUCACUGGAAUCAGACUUCGACACCGAAUGCAACAAUGGAAACCGGCGCUCCGGAUGAAGUAAUUUAUGCAAGAAUCCAGAUGUUACAGUGUUCCCUGAUAAUCGUUGGCAUCCUCCAGUUUCUGUUGGGUGCAACAGGUCUUGUGGGCAUCGUGUUUCGCUAUAUCGGACCAGUUACGAUAACACCGACCCUUUUACUUAUUGGAUUCUACAUUUUUAAAGUGAUUGUGAAAUUCAGUGAGACCCAUUGGGGGAUAUCCAUGGCAACUUCAAGUAUGUCUGUGAUUCUGUCAAUGUAUCUUGCCAAAUAUAAGAUACCAGUUCCAGCUUGGACUCCUAAAAAAGGCUUCCAUACAAUACGUACCUCGCUGCAUGCCACAUUUUCAAUGUUAAUCGGAAUUAUUUUUGGUUGGGUGAUAUGCGGCAUACUUACAAACGCUGGUCUGCUCACUGACGACAAGAAUGAUAAACAGUUUAAUGCACGGACGGACUCUAAAUUAUACGUUCUUGGGGCUUCAGACUGGUUUUUCUUCCCCUAUCCUGGCUAUUUUGGAUUCUCGAUGAAUUUUUCCGUCAGCACUCUGAUAAGCUUCUUCAUAGCAACUUUGGCUUCAAUCGUGGAUUCCAUUGCUGAUUAUUAUGCAUGCGCCAAAAUAUGUGACGUUCCGAUACCUCCAAACCAUUCGGUGAAUCGAGGAAUUGUCAUCGACGGAUUAGCAACUGCGUAUGCUGGAGGACUUGGAAUUGGACAUGGUACGAGCACAUAUGGGGGUAACAUUGGUGCUAUAGCAAUCACAAGGGUUGCCAGCAGACGUGUGUUCCAAAUCGUUGGUGUUAUUUACAUGCUCUUUGGAAUUAUUGGUAAAAUGGGAGCGUUCUUCGUCACCAUUCCGAUGCCUGUGUUGGGCGGGGUUCAACUUAUCUAUUUCGGUUCCUUCAUUGGAGUCAUCUUAUCCAACAUGCAUAAAGUAGAGAUGAAUCAUCGUAAUAUGAGCAUCAUCGGAGUUUCCAUUAUAUUCGGUGUGUCCAUUCCGAUAUGGAGUCACAAUAACCCGGAACAGUACGCCACAGGUUAUAAAGAAAUUGACGGAUCCGUCCAUGCUAUUCUUACCAAUCCGAAUUUUCUAGGAGGUUUGUUGGCAAUGAUCUUGGACAAUGCAUGGCCAGGAACAUUAAAGGAACGAGGCUUGGCAGACAGUGUAGAAGAUCUCAACAAAGACGCCGAUGAACUGAACAAUCAAAGGAACCAAACAGAAAAAGAAGAAGAAUCUAUAUACGGCGUUCCCAUUUUACCAAAUUUCAUUGCUAGGCACCCAUUUCUUCGUUUCUUGGCAUUUAUGCCACCAUACGGGUUAAACAGAGACAGAACAAACGUUGAAAAGAAAGCGGAAGUUAUAUGAUCGUUUUUUUUGUUUUGUUUUGUUGUUUUUUUUCUAGCGAUAGUAAAGUAGUGGUCAGGUGA